AUGAAUCUGGACAACGAUUAUACACACCUCUCUGAAAAAGCCCAGUUUGCUGCAUUCGACAUGCUGAGCGACUUAAUUUAUACGAUUUCUGAGUUGGAAUCCCGCGGCAGCGUGCAUUUAUCUCACCUAAAUAACAUACGUAGCGAGAUAACCGCAAAAUUCCGCGCCAUAAAGCAUAUUAAAAGCUUAAAGUGCUGUCCAAGCGUGUACGAAUCGCUGAUUGACAAGAUCGACUUGGUCGACUUUUUGGAAGCAUCCCAACGGGUGGAAUUUGACUCUCACAUUCUGCAGUUUAGUGGCCAAGGGUGUUUUGCCAUACCUCGAAUACCUCCCCCGCCCGAAAUAACAAGCGAAUUUGUUAGUGCAUGGAAUGACUUUUUUUCCUAUAAAAACGGACCAAGUAUAUUAAAAAGAGGGAAACGAAAGAAACCAGAACAUGAUCAGUUCAAUCCAAUACCUAUUGACCAAGAUGAAAGGAACAUUCAAAUGACAGACGACUUAUCACAAAACCUACACGACGCUAAAGAUGAUGAAGAUAUAAUAGAAAAUUCAACACAAGGACAUACAUUAGAACGAGUUGGAUCAUACAAAUUAGACGAUCAGCAAAACUUGGAUUUGGAGUUGGAAGUGAGGUUCAAGUUUGAUCUAAUUGAUAACAGAUCGGCACUCUUGGAAUGGGCAUCCACUUGUGGUUCAAAUUUGGAGAGUAUUAAACAAUUACAAAAUUGGGCCAUCAAAGAGACAAACCAAUCAGUUAGUAUGGGAAACUUUAUUAAAAUUGACAGUACAGAAGUGUGGAAAUGGAAUCCACCAAUAGAACAAUCCUGGACGGCAGGGGCUAACAACAAUCUGACAAUGGAUAUACCCCUUAUUGGCAAUUUAUCCAGCGAAAAAAUGUGCAUUUCACACAUCGUAGAAUUGAGGAAACUUAGAUUCGGUCCAAAUCGCAUGAAUUCUCAUGAUACAACAAAUGAAUCCGCUUUUGAGAAUUACAAUCUAAAAUGCGACAUUGGAACAGUUGUUAAUGAGAAAAGAUGGGCUUUUAUGAAAAAUAUGUCAUUAUUUUACAACGCAUUAGAAGGGUUACAUAGGGUAUAUAAGAAUUUAAAUAACGCCGCGCUAAAUAUUGUAGAUAAAGAACAGAAGAUGGCCAUUGAACAAUCAAUGGCCAUCCUAUCAGUGUUUGAAGAACAAUACAAGACGGUAUUCAAGGAUAAUAUUUUGUUCAAACAAUUCCAAUUUAUUGACACCAAGAAGAUGAGGACAAAGAAGAAGUUGUUGGCCUUGGCUAGUAUGAUUAUUGCCACUCCUCCCUGUGACAAUGGCAUCUUAUCCACUAUACAUGGAGAAUUGGGCUCAUAUAUACAAUAUAUCAAGAAAUCAAAGUCGAAAAAGCCUUCAAAUUUGAUCGUGGACAUGACACAAAAGUCUUUAAUCAAGAGAAGUUGUGGGGAAAUGACCAACACGAUCGACUGCGUAAAAAAUCCGGUUUGUUUACCAGUUGCAUUCCCUACAUCAUUAGAACUGGUUACAUUGGAUUUGCCCUGCGAAAUAUUCUCUCAGCACAAACUGAGAGUAGGGAACAGUUUACUGUACAAUACAGAUUUGCUACUAGAGCAACUCAUCACCAAGUCACCGCUCUUCUCCUUUACCUUUUGA